UUGAGGAUUCUCUUUGCGGAUCGGCCGUACUGGUGGAUACACCUGACCGAUCAUUAUGAAUCGUCGAAGACGCCGCAUCUAGAACAGUUCCCAUUGACGUGCGAGACCGGACCAGGAAGUCCGAGCGGUCACGCCAUGGUUUCAGCAGCAGUGUGGUUCAUAUUUUUGAUCGGACUUGAAAACGAUCUAUUUUUGAAAAGCGUCCCGAAACUCGGUUGGGUCACGUACGCCGUUUUUUUGACGCUGGUCGCCAUAUCACGCUUGUACAUCGCCGCCCAUUUUCCGCACCAGGUUCUACUUGGGGUUAUUUCCGGUAUUUUAUUGGCACUGCUCUUGCGCAACGUGGCUGUCGAAAACUGCACAACAAUCUUCUUUAUCUCAACUUCAGUCAUCUUAAUUCUAGCCGCUUUUCUUGUCAGCACUGUGAUCCAGCUAACCGGCCUUGACCCUCACUGGUCGUUUUCUGUCGCUGAAAAGUAUUGUCAAAGGCCGGAGUGGAUUCAUCUUUCGACCACGCCGUUCGCCACGUACUUUCGUGGUAUCGGCGUCAUACUGAGUCUGGGGUUGUGUGUUUUGCUAAAAUCACCGGCGGUGUCAAAUCGCCGAUUUUUAACUAAUUUUCAAAAGCUUGCUGUGUCUUUUGUAAAUCUGGUCAUUUCGAAAUUGUUGUUUUCAAUACCAGUGCACACUUUAUCUCUUACUUUAUUUUAUUGGUCUUUCUUUGCACUGAAUUUUUUAAGUACGUUGAUUUACGUCGUUAUAAUUCCUCGGUUAAUAGCAGCACUUUUCAUUUAGAU